AUGGAGAGGAAGCAAACCCAAGGCCGAAAGAAGAUUGAAAUGAAGAUGAUAGCCAAUGAAAACGCAAGAAGGAUUACCUUCUCAAAGCGUAGACAUGGGCUUUUCAAGAAAGCAAGCGAGCUCAGUACCUUAUGUGGAGUAGAUAUGGCCAUUGUCCUCUUCUCCAUGGGAGGCAAGGCUUUCUCUUUUGGAAAACCUAAUGUUGACUCGAUUGUAGACCGCUUUCUGAACCAAAAUGCGCAACCAAGUGAAGGCGUCUCUAGCCAUGCCACCGGGCACGAUGAUGCCACUGUGCACCAACUCAACCAACAAUUCCAUGACCUGAGAAAGCGAUUGGAAGCCGCGAAAAAGAAAGAGAAAAUUCUUGAACAAUUAAAAAAGUCUAUGGAGGAGCUUAAGAAAAACGUGGCUCAGAGAGUUGAUGAAUUGAAUUCGGAGGGUUCUUCCAAGCAUGCACAAGAAGAAGAACAAGUGGAAAACACCGAAAUAAAUGACAAUGAUGUUUCUACUAUUCCCCAUGAUUGGUUAAGGUUGUGA